AUGAUAGUAUGGUUGGGUUCCCUAUCACUGGGUUUGUCGUAUUUGAUAUCACCAGUGAUUGUCUCGUGGUGUCGACGGAAGAGCGCUCGACUCACAGCCAUAGCUGGAGGUCUGAUGGCAUCGUUGGGCUGUCUUUUCGCAUCGUUUGGCUCUCAAUUUCAUCAGGUUUUCCUUAGUUACGGAAUAUUCCUCUCCAUUGGCAUUGGUAUCGCUAGAGAAUCGGCGAAUCUAAUGGUCGGACAGUAUUUCAAGCGAAAACGCUAUUUCGUUGAGAUCUUUAUUCAAAGCUCUUUAGGCAUAGGAAUAGCUGUUAUGUCUCCGUUUCUGAGUUGGAGUAUUGGAAUGUUUAAGCAUUGGAGGGCUGGCCUACAAUUAAUAACCUGCACACUGUUUGCCACAUUCUUGAUCGCAGUGCUGUACAGACCGGCCUCUCUAUAUCACCCCCAAAGACGGGCUAUUCUUCAUCUCAAAACACAGAGAAGAAAGAUUAGGGAAAAGAAUCCCAUCAAUAAUAAGCCACCCUUUUUCGACUUAACGCCACUUAAAGCCAAAUCAUUGCAACUCAUUAUUGUCUCCACAUUUCUCUUUUCUUUUGGAUAUUUGUCUCCACUUUUCUAUUGGGUGCAUAUAAUAGACCAAAACAGUAGAGGCACUAUAGAGGAGAUGCAAUCCGUUAUAUCUCCCGGCGUUAUCUUUCGAUACAUAUAUUUUGGCAUUUCGUUGACAAUUGGUGUCAUUAUAUUUGGAUAUUUAACAGUCAAUCGACGAUUUAAAAACCGAAUAAACAAACAAUAUUUGUGUCAAAUCUCAAUGCUUUUAACGGUAUUAGUGCUCAUCUCUAAUGUCUAUUUCAAUGAGAGCGCAAUAUUAGACUUCGUAUCGAUAUUUAUAUAUGGAGUAGCGAUCGGAGCAUUCAAUUACAGCCAUAAAAUGCUUGUCUACAGUCUUAUUAGAGCCAAGAAUUUUGGGAAAGCCUGGUCUUACGUUCAGUUCACUCAAAGUUUUGCCAUCUUUUUGGGCAUUCCGUUAUCAGGUCACAUAAACAUUUGGUUUCACGAAAGCGCACCCUAUUAUGGGUUUGUCUUCUCGGCGGUUAUGUGUCUGUCGGGCACUGUAUUGCUCUUAGCAUUGAAUCCAGAAUUCAAGAAUAUAUCCCAGAAUUUAAGCGAUAAACUCCAUGACUUACAUCACCACUCAUGCAAUGCCUCAUCAGAUAUUCAGCAUUUAAAUCCUAUGACACCUCCCAAUGCAGUUUGUGAUACUAUUGACGAUAAGACGUGUAAACCUCAGAAAAGGACUAUAGAGACGGUCACUGAAGAAACUUCGAGAUCGUUCGUCCUCCACCCUAUGGGACUUAACAUGGGAUCCCUUUAA